AGCAUUCUCGUAAUAUCUUUAUGAAGUUACGGAUUCUUCUAACAAUAAGUUGGGCGAUCUCGACACGUGCAUCAGGUUCACAUGCUUGCACACGCGUGUGAGACGAAUGCUUCAUAUUGACGAAUUAACGCUUUGGAUGGAUACGGAGUUUCGUUAAAUUUUGAUGAUCGACGAGACAGUGUCCUGUUUUCAAGUAUGCGGACAAAGAGUGAUACACCUGAUUUCUGAUAUAUAAAAACCAAGCAAAAUUGUUCGACAACGUGAAGCGCAUGCAUUCCAUCGUGCGGACUGGUGAAAUGUAAAAGAAACGAAAAAGCGAGUUUGGUGCAAACUACUGUGAAAGAUACUGUAUCGCGAUGUCGUCGACUGGUGAAUUUUCGACGUUGUCGAGCGGCGAGGCCACCGGAACUGGCGAGGACUCAUUGCCGAGUUCGAGAGAGGCAACUGCCGAGGCCGCGGGUUCCGGCGGUGGUUUCAUGCCACUGCGCGAGUUCCUAGACAGAUUCUCACUGCCAAGAGUGGUCAGGGUCGAAGGUGCUGGUGGAAGGCCGAUACUGCUGUAUAAGCAACAACAGAGAUCGCUUAGAGUCACGGCUACACUGCUGAUGCAUCGUUACCGUCACGACGUCAAAGUGGGACCGGAAAUAGUCAUCCCGGAAGGUUAUCCUGGCUGGUUCUCAGUAGUGUCCAGCAACAGUGGUACUGGAAAUGCUAGAGUGUACAGAAGAGUCGGCGCUUUGGUGCGCGCAGGAGUGCCAGCGUUCUUGCUCGCGAAACCACUGCGAGCUUACACGUUGACACAUUCCAAAAUGGAAAAUGGAAAUUUGCGGGCUCAUUACACGAAGACGACGGUGCGCGCUGGUGAGGUCCUGCGACUUACUGCCGUUUUCCAGGAUACUCGGCGCUCCCCGGUUACCAGUGGCGUGCCUGGAAUCGUCCCGGAAGGCAAAUGCUCAAGAUCCUCGGAGCGGGAUCAAUAUGCCCAGUGCUUGGACUCUCACGGGCAUGAGUUGUUCGCGCCACUUUCAGCUAGAGGCGAGUUCUAUGCGACUUGCCAGAGCGGUAGUCUUGACACCGGCAGCGACGCAGUGCUCUACAGGGUUCAUCAGCUCGCCAGAAGGGAUCUACCUCUGAGGGUACGUCUAGUCGCUGGACCCCUGCCUAUACCGUUGCCGCGAGAUUAUAGCGGCCUGAUGCAGUUGGAAAACGCAAAUAGAGGACCGAUAGUUCUUGGCUGUGCAGUACCGCUAAUGCCCGAAAGACCCUUACCCAAUACCACAGUGCCGGAACUCCUAGAGCUCGUCGCGACUGGUCCGACAGCGCCUCGAGUGAAAAGAGCACGGCUGGGAUGUCCUUCUGAGGCGAGAUUGCUCGCCUCACCGAAAAUGCAGCGAUUACUUUCGGCUUGCAGAAGAGCCUUAGACCAGAGAGCGACCGAACCUCGAGUCGCCCCGCCGAAACCGGCUUCUAACAAUAGUCAACUGAAAGAACUGCAUUUGAAGGAAAUUAAAGCGAAGCCCGAGGCAAAGCCGAUACUGCAGAGCUUGAAAGAGGGUCUAGAGCACAUCAAGAAGACGACAAUCCGCGAUCGGAGUAAUAGCCGCAACGCCGGUAAUAAUCACAGCUUCCUCGAUAGAAUCUCGAGGAUAGCGCAGGGUGGCAAAAGCAGAAACCCAGCAAAGAAAUCGGCAUCUUUCACAUUUGCCGUACGACCGGAAAUCGGCAUGCGGUCACCAGAGAGGUACGCCAGUCUGGAAUCAGAAACAAAUUUGAUGCAGGCAUCACAGGCCUCAUCUAGGCAACAAGUGCAGCGUUCGAUUUCGACGAGCGUCCUCGAGAUGCAAACCAGCAGUCCAGACAUGGAUCCACCGUACUCUAAAGUGAGAGACAGUCUCACGCCAUUGCCUCCUACUCCUCCGCCGAAAUUGGAAGAGAUCUAUGCCGAAAUUUGUGAGCCCGGUAGCGGCAAUGGUUCGUCGCGAGAUUCACCGCAUGAGGAUAAAUCGCUGCUGAUAGGAGGGAACAACGGCACCAGAGAACGAGAUCGAGGUUAUGUGAAGCUUGCACUAUCCCAUUCCGAGAUGUCCGAUGUAUCGGCGAGCACUGGCGACGACGAAGAAGGUAUUUACAAUACUGUAUGCUAAGCGCGCACCUUUUUCCAUUGCAGUAUACUCAACAUCCACGGGAAAUCGUUGGUGAUAACUAACUCUAGGGUCGACCGGAACAAAUGAUGUUACGUGUACGAAGUCGAAAGGUCGCGGGAACUCUUCAGCGUAGUAUAUCAUUGUGGAUAUCGAAUGUUUACAGA